AUGCUUUCACGUGAUUUUAAUAAUAUUUCCAGUGAUAAAAUUAUGUUAAUGAGCAAUUUCUCUAGUAUCAUACGUCGUUCCUUUCAAACCUCUAGUGUUAAAAAUAGGUUCGAACCAAGUAAAGGGAAAGGUGUCGUGGGCUUAUAUGAAUUCUUUCAAAACGGUGUUGAUAGUCCUAAUCCUUUACCUAGGACUAACGAGCUUUAUCCUGUUGGUAAUUCAUGGCAAGCAUCAGUACUUCGUACCAAAUCCUUUGAAGAUCUUCACAGGCUUUGGUAUAUACUGUUGAAAGAACGUAAUAUGUUGGCUACAAUGUAUGAAGAAGCUAGAAGAUGGCGUAAAGUCGUUAAUCCUGAAUGGAUCAAUAGACAUCAUGAAAGAUCAUAUAAGUGCCAAAAAUCAAUGGCAAGAAUUAAAUUUGUGCUGAGUGAGCGUAGAGUAGCUUAUGAACAUGCUAAAAGAAAAUACCCUGCUCUGUUUGGUAUUAAAAAAGUUCCUAAACCUCAUAAAAGUUAUCGAGAACCAUCUUCUUCACCUGGGCGAACAUAUAGAACUAGUAGCUCCUCUGUUCAGAGUAAUCGUUCAAUUAAUGAUGAUGAAGAGGACAGUGAUGUCAGUGGUAACAUUAAGCGUGGCAAUAGUGAUAAUGAUAGUGCAGUGAAUUUACCAUGGUUAGAAAGUAUAACAGAUCAAGUACAAUGUUAA